CAGAGGAAUGGCCCGCCACGAGACUCUGACAAACUCACGGCUCUCCGCGAGCGCACGGAGUGAGGACCGAGGACAGUCUCUCUAAACCGCGCCUCAGUGGAUGUUGUAACUUCGACAUGUCACUCGAAUGGGAUAUAUGAUUUUUUUUUUUUGCCCCACUUCUGUUUCUUAAAAACACCGCUUGCGUCUUUUUAUUCUUGCCUUGCUUUUUGAACAUCUCGCUUACCCACUUCCCUCCCGAUAACAUCCCUCCCCUAUCAUCGCACCCAGACCUCUCUCAUUCCGCAUCUGCACCCUCUCGCUUCGGGCGGAUCCUCGCUCCGGUCAUCCAGAAACAACUGCUUCAUGGGGCACACUCCGUCCGUCGGAAAAUGUCCCUCUCUUGGCUUCUAAGCGCACCGGCAAAGUUGACAACACUAGGACCAGGGCUGUCGUUGCGCGUCUGCGAGCAGCGUCGGGGGAACUGAGAUGGGUGUCACGGUGGCGGCGGCCCUACAUGAGCCCCGAAGUCCGCACCAGUGGGGCCGGAUAGUGGGACACUGGGUAUGGAUUGCAGUCUUGUCCUUUCUCGCCACUUUCCCGGUGCAACAACUUGGCGCUUUCCCGUCCUCACUCAGCGACUGUCAGACUCCGACUGGAUGGAAUUGCUCGGGGGAUGAUGACCGGGACACAGAUCUCUUCCUUUGUGACACCAACACUUGCAAGUUUGACGGCGAGUGUCUCAGAAUUGGGGACAUAAUAACAUGCAUAUGCAACUUCAAGUGCAACAAUGAUUAUGUUCCUGUGUGCGGCUCCAACAACGAAAACUAUGAAAACGAGUGUUUUCUGCGGAGAGACGCCUGCAAACAGCAGACCGAGAUCCUGGUGGUCUCUGAAGGAUCCUGCCCAGCCGAUGCUGGUUCAGGAUCAGGAGAUGAAGCAGGGAACGAGGGUUCGGCGGAGAAUGGACAGAAGGAGACGUCCACCUGUGACAUUUGCCAGUUUGGGGCCGAGUGUGAUGUGGAUGCUGAAGAUGUUUGGUGCGUCUGUAACAUCGACUGCUCCCACAUCAGUUUUAACCCCGUGUGCGCAUCAGACGGCCGUUCCUAUGACAACCCCUGCCAGGUAAAAGAGGCCUCGUGUCAGCGGCAGGAACGAAUCGAGGUCAAGUUCCUGGGUCACUGUCAGGGCGACAUGAUUACAGGCACCAAAGCAGGAGAUGGACAGUAUGCCAGGACAGACUACACAGAGGAGAAGCCUGAGGUUUCAGAGGUGGCGAGAGGGCUGUACAUCCCCUGCCCUGAGAACUAUAAGAACUAUUGUGUUCACGGAGACUGUGAAUAUCCCAACAUGCUCUCAACACCGUCCUGCAGCUGUCACUCAGGAUUCAGCGGUCCACAGUGUGACACUAAGGAGUAUAAUGUGCUGUACGUGGUGCCUGGCUCUGGAAAGCUCCGCUAUGUCCUCAUCGCGUCUGUCAUUGGGGCUCUGCAGGUGGCCAUCAUAUGUGUAGUGGUGCUGUGUAUCACCCGGAAGUGCCCACGGACCAACAGAAUCAACCGACAGAAGCAGAACACAAUGCACUACAACUCUGAAAACACCCUGCGCGCCUCCACCCGCCUCAUUUGAGCCCGUGAGCAGAGAAUCAUGGGAAAUGUAGUUUGGACAGAGGACAGAAAAGAAGAAACUCGCUCUCCGUCCCCAUAGAGACACUGCAUUCUGCUGGAUGAUGGGAUGGAGGGACAGAGGACGACGGUGCAGAUAUAACAGAGGACGAUGGGUUCUACACACGAUGCCUUGCACCUGUGGCACAGGACACAAACAGAGAAUUUUAGGACACCAUGAUAGGACAAAUCCUGUUAUUUGGUUAUGUAUGGGUAAUAUUUCCAAUAGUUAAUUUGUUUGUCUUGAUG